AUGCUACAUGGCAGCGGUGGACAAGGGCCAUUUUCAGGCUGGCUGCCCAGACCCCAGCCCCACAGCGGAGCCCCCCAUCAACCCCCCCAGAGCUGUUUACUUGACCCGCAGGAGAAGAGAGGAAGUGGACGCAAGCAGCCAGCCACCAGAGCCGAGCCCGCAGCCUACACUGCCAAACAUACGGAGACAGAGGCCCGUGAGGCUGAGGUCUUCAGUCCUGGACACUCUCCAUCAGCUCCUCUUGUUUUUCUGGAGCUCUGGACACACUUGAGCGAGGCCACGCAUGACGACUACAGACGGAUACUGUCUGCAUAUGUGCUGGAGAUAAUCUGGAGGCACGAGCUUUAG